AUGGAGGGCACUCGAGUGUUUGUGUCUGGGCUCCCGCCGUCGCUGACAAGUGACAAGCUGCGGAAUCACUUUGCUCAGCGGUUCGAGGUUACAGAUGCUCAUGUUAUUCCCAAUCGGCGGAUCGGUUUCGUGGGGUUCAAGGGACCGGAUCUCGCUGAAAAUGCCGUCAAAUACUUUAAUAAGACGUUCAUCAACAUGUCGAAGAUAUCCGUGGAAAUGGCUAGACCUGUAAGCCUUGAAGGACUCAAUGGAAGAAAGCUGACCGCAUCGUUUUCAAAGGUCGAUGCCGAUAACUCGGAUGAUUUACGUGCCAGGUAUAGAAAACAUUUAAAUGCUAAGAAGGAUCCCCCUUCUCUCAAGCGGAAACGUGACACACAGGAUACAGAGGAGGAUGAAAAACUGCAAGAAUACCUGACUGCUAUGCAGCCUCCAACGAAGUCUCGGACGUGGGCCGAUAGCGGUGCAAUUCCAACUGCACAUCAAGAGCAGAAGCCUGCAACUGAUGCUGCAAAGGAGCCCACUGAAGGCGAAGACGACGUUGAGAUGCAUAAUGUUGAAACUGCAGUCACCGAUAUCCCCGUAACAGAACAAGAGGCCAAAUCCGAUGAUGUGGAUGCGGUGAAUGUAAAUGAGAAUCCAGUACAACAGAACGACGAUGACUGGCUACGAUCUAAGACAUCCCGUCUCCUGGGGCUCCUUGAUGACGAGGAUGAGAUGGCAGCUGAAACUUGGAAAGGCAAGCCAUUGGAAAAUGCAACGGAUCAGCCUCCGGUUCCUGCCAAAAUUCCCAGUACAAAAGCUGCCGUUGAAGAGGGAGAGAGUGUGCCGGAGCCUCCUCCUGACGCUAAUAUUGAAUCUAUCCGACUCACCGGACGACUAUUUAUACGGAAUCUACCUUAUAAUGCAUCUGAGGAUGAUCUAAAUGCCACGUUUUCUCGUUUUGGUAAAAUUGAGGAGGAAGAGUAUUUUAGUAGAUGCCUCUUUAAUCUGAUGACUGUAUCCUUUCUUAUUGCAGCUAUCAACUAUUGCAAAGGUUUUGCCUACAUUCAAUAUGUAGAAAGUGACGCCGCAAUUGAAGCAUAUAAGCAAUUAGAUGGGAAAGACUUCCAAGGCCGUCUGAUGCAUAUAUUGCCUGCAUCGUCAAAGAAAACGUAUAAGCUCGAUGAAUUUGAGAUCUCGAAGCUCCCUUUGAAGAAGCAACAGCAAAUCAAAAGGAAAGCUGAGGCAGCUUCAUCAACUUUCAGUUGGAAUUCUCUAUACAUGAACACUGAUGCAGUAAUGGCCUCCGUAGCAGACAGGUUGGGAGUCUCAAAGUCACAGCUUUUAGACCCCACCUCCUCGGAUGCUGCUGUGAAGCAAGCUCAUGCAGAGACUCAUGUUAUCCAGGAAACCAAAGCCUAUUUCAGUGCUAACGGUGUUAACAUAGAGUCCUUCAAGCAACGUGAAAGAGGAAACACUGCUCUCCUAUUAAAGAAUUUCACAUACGGGGUAUCAUCUGAAGACAUUAGAAAGCUCUGUGAACCCUUUGGACAGCUAACACGGCUUCUUAUGCCACCAAGUGGCACCAUUGCUAUAGUUGAGUUUGCUAUGCCCGAUGAAGCCCUAAGGGCAUUCAAGGGCCUUGCCUAUAAGAGAAUAGGCGACUCAAUUCUCUAUGUAGAGAAAGCUCCCAAGAACCUGUUCGAGGGUGGCCCUCCAGUCACAAUGCCGUCCUUACUAAACCAGAAAGUCGUCUCCCAAGGCUUUUCUACAUCAGAUACCUUCAAGGCAGAUGAGCCAGAGGCUCCCAUGGAGAGCGCAACGUUAUUCGUUCGCAAUCUUAACUUUAUUACUACUGAUGCCGGCCUGAGUGAUCUGUUCAGACCUCUUGACGGAUUCAUUUCUGCACAGGUGAAGACCAGACCAGACCCCAAGAAACCGGGUGAACGACUCAGCAUGGGCUUUGGCUUCGUGGAAUUUAAGAGUCGAGCCCAGGCUGAGGCAGCUCUCAAGGCUCUCAACGGGUAUAAGCUUGAUCAGCACGAGCUUGUCAUUAAACCGUCUCACAAGGGCAUGGAUGCAGCUGAGCAACGACGAAGAGAAGACAAUGCAAAGAAGGCCUCCGCCAAACGAACCAAGAUCAUCAUCAAGAACUUGCCCUUCCAAGCCACCAAGAAGGAUAUCUGGUCUCUGUUCGCGGCGUAUGGCCAGCUCCGAUCUGUCCGUGUGCCGAAGAAGUUCGACCGGACUGCCCGGGGUUUCGCAUUUGCCGACUUCGUCAGCUCAAGGGAGGCUGAGAAUGCAAUGGACGCGUUGCGCAAUACUCAUCUCCUCGGCCGACGGCUGGUUCUCGAGUUCGUCUCGGAAGAGGCCACUGAUCCGGAAGAUCAGAUCAAGGAGAUCGAGAAGAAGGUCGACGCGCAAGUGAACAAAGUCAAGAUACAGAAACUUAUGGGCCCUGGAAGGAAGAAGUUCCACGUUGACGCGGACCUUGAAGACUAG